UAAACACUCGUGCUCCUCCCCUAUGUCUGGCGAGACUGAAUCAGCCGGGAGAUACACUUCCACGUUAAGCUGAAUUCUAUCUACACAUAAUUCACUAACAUUUGAUAGAGAUACGUUGGUGCCAUGGACGCUGACGGCCUUCCUCUUGUCGGCCCAGGAGUGGAUUACACAAAGGUUGAAGCAAUACAUCAGAAGAGGACCAUAGCAUUCAUCAAUCACUUCAUAACACAUACUGCCAGCUUCUUAAAUCGAUUCUCAGGAGUAUGUGAACAAAAACUGGAGCAUCUUUCCAACCGAAUCCAGCACCUGGAGAUUUCCAUGAGUCUGCUUGAAGCCAAGCUUUCUUCAGUGCCAGGCCUGGAGAACGUUACAGUGGCAGCAAGCAGCAGCACCACAACAACUGUAACUGACUCCUCUGCUACACCUUCUACAACUACAGCUGCACCUGCCUCAUCCGCCACAGCAGCACCUGCACCAUCAACAGCUCCGGGAGAUCCUGGAGCAGCGGCAGCGGCAGCGGAGGCCAAACCGACAAUGACAGUAUCACAACAUCCCAGUUAUGCUAGGUUCUUCAAGAUGGUUCAAGUGGGGGUACCAGCUAUGGGUGUCAAGAACAAGAUGAUUGCUGAAGGACUGAACCCAGAUUUGCUGGACAACCCUGAUGCCCCAGCACCUGAUGGUGGAGGAAGCUCAUCUGGCGGCGGUGGUGGCGAUGGAAACAAGAGUGACAGUGAUGACUUCAGUGAUGACAAUGAUGAUGAUGAUGAUGAUGAUGAUGGUGAUGGAGGUGGCGACAGUGAUGAAGACUGGUGAUAUUGUGCAAUAUGUCAUUCCUCAAACUCCAUCGUGUUGUACUGAUUCCACGGUUCCUGAUUAAUCUGAUAUGUUACUGUGUAGAGCUGGCAAACAAACUUACAAUACCUGCACAUGAUCCAUGGCAGUAGUAGCAUGGACUGGUUGGUUGACAUCAAUGCAAUAAUUAGAAGAUGCUCUCUGUAUACCGGUGUGGGCGAGUGCAUGAAGUUCAAAUUGCUCUUGUUCUGAAUGCAAGACUAUAAAAGUCCAGUUUCCAACCCUGCCAGAUUAGGUAGGAUUUUCUAUUUUGGAGUCUAAGUCUAUGGAUAGUCCUACCAAAAUCACAUCACAGAAUCAGAGGCUAGUUAAAACAGCAACAUGGUCCCAGCAUGACUCUUUUUGUCGAUUGCUGGAUUUUCAAUGUGUUUCAAAUCUGUGUUGUAAUAAAACUAAAGUACUGUCGGAAAUAGAAAAAAAACUGUUUUUAGGCUGUUACUCUGUAUCCCUUAAUUUACACAAUUGCAAAUAGCAUAUGUCGAUAUAACCCACAUCGGCCUAACUGGGAGUUC